CUUCGGUUGAGUUUUAAUGGCUGAUAGUUAAAACAUGUAUCUGAUUUUGUCUGAAUAAAUAUUCUUAUUAAUAACUUAAUUGUUGACUUGAUAAUCUUCUACAGUUUCAGGAUUAACUGUGAGUAAUUACCUCCAGUCGGUAAAUUAUCUAUAAACGUUGUGCCACUGGAAUUGACUGGAAUGGACGUCAAACUGAAAACCAAUAUGGCAACUGCCUGCGAGUGAGAAACCACAGAGAACUGUCAAAUUUUUCAAAAAAAAUCUCCCUCAAAAGCUAGUGAGAGUGUAUUUGUUUUAUCAACAAUGGCCUAUUUAUUUCGACCUGAUUACGUCAGGUACACCUGCAGCUGUGGCUCUCUCAAGCCCAUUUCAAGGAUUUACUUCUGUCGACAUUGUCUGAAAAUACGGUGUGGCUACUGUGUGUCUCAUGAGGUGGACUCUCAUUAUUGUCCAAAUUGCAUGGAGAAUCUACCCUUCUCUGAGGUUCGACUAAAGAAAAAUAAAUGUUCGAAUUGCUUCGACUGUCCCUUGUGCUUCCAAACUCUCACAAUUCGUGCAGGUCAUGGUCCUCCCCGCGCCAUGGCCUCCAACCCCUCAGAGGAAGUUAGAACAACUCCACGAAAGGUAUACUACCUCUGCUGUUCCCUCUGUCGCUGGAGUUCUCGAGAUGCGGGCAUCCCAGACCAGUUUGUGGCAACUGGAGGUUGGCCAGAACAGGAAAAUCCUCAUGCUACCAGGAUUACAGCCCUCAUCGACUUCCACAAGAUCCUGGCCUCCAGGGAACGUCAGCAGCACGAGAAGAAGAAGUUCGAUCCUAAGAGGACUUGUCUGCAAUUCGAGAAAUUUGGACUCACUUCGGCGAUGGCUAGAAAACUAGCAGGUUUGCCAGCAGUUUCCGAGCCAAAAUGGCAGCAGACGGAUUACCCCCAGCCCUCCGUAGCCUCCGACGAGAUUGACGACCUCCCAGACUCAAUUUUCACCGAGGAAAUCGAUAUAACGAAGAUAACGACGCUAAAGCAACGAUUACAACAGCCUGAGGUCCAGCCAGAGAAAAUUAAUGAACUACGGCCCCAGCACAAGAAGUUCCCGGUGAAGAGGUCCCAGAGAUGCAGGACGUGCGAACAUAAUGUCAGCAAGCCCGAGUUCUCCUCACAGUCCAUCAAAUUCAAGAUUCAACUCUCUGCGUUUUAUCAUGUGCCUGAGGUCAGAAUUGUCACGUUUGAGCCACUGCAGGUGGGAAAAACGAGCGAGUUGCUUCUGAAAUUCUGCAAUCCCACGCAGCAUCAGACGCAGAUUGUUCUAUUGAAUUGGGAUGCUGCUACCUAUGCUACGACGAUGGGGGCCAGUGGGCAGAGGGAGGAGUUGAGGAGGGAGAAUUUGCAAUUGGGUGGAGAAUCACCGAAUUUGCUGCCUUCAGCAGUGAGACAAGUCUCAGUUAUGGAGGACCCAAAACCCGUGAAAAUCAUUCCUGGGGCUUCAAUUGAACUGCCUUCAAGUACAUUGAUACUCCCUCCCAGGGAUGACACUGCUGAGUACGAUGACACUGGAGAUACCCACAGUUUUCAGGAUGACCCAAAGCUUGUAGUUUGGAGGAAAGGAAAUAAAGCAGUUCUGAAACUAAAAAUAACGCCUUACGCACCUCUGGAAGGUCAAGAAAAUGAUCCAGUAGUGGUUGGUCUGGUGAUGCGGUACGAAUACGUGAAUACAAUGUCAACACUGGAGCACAAAAUUCCCCAGAAAGUGGACUUGAAUGUUCAACUCUUCUUGACCCUCGACAAACUCUCUGGAUCCUCAUAACUCCUCAAUGAUCCGUGAAAUUUGAAAGUCUUUGGAUUUUCCAACUACGGAUCUGAGAGUUCUUAGCACUCGUCAGGAGCCGCAAAAAAGUGGAAAAAAGACGAACUCUGGAGAGUUUCGAGGUACACAAAGGAUCUAAAAGGGCUUUUUCCAGAAAUCCUUCAAGUACAUUUCCAAUUCGGACGUCGUCGACCUCAAAAAUGAGACUGAUCCCAUUUUAUAGAUAUUUUGAUGCUGAUUUUUAAUUUCUUUUGGAAAAUCUUUCUAGCACGUGUAGUUUUUGUGAAAAAAAUGUUGAAGUGUUGAAAAGUGGCUGAAAAGGGCAAUUAAAAAAAUUUAUCAAAAAAUGAAUUGGGACGUAGUUUUUUUCCAACAAAAAUACAAUCAACUAAUAAAAAUCCAAUUUGUUUAGUGCAUUUGGGUUUAUCCCAAUUGGUUGAGUCGAAGUGAGUGAAGAAAAUCUCGAAAAAGUCCAAAUUUCAUGAUUUUCCUUGUAAAAUUAAAUGAUGGGAACUUAGUUGUGCACACUUUAAUGCAUGCCAAUCUCAAAUCUCUCUACACACGUGUGUUAACCUUGUGCGUCAAUCUAUUUUUCAACUUUAUUUUAGCAACUAAACCUCUCCACAAUUGAGGGUGACUUUUCAUAAGAGCAAUUAAUCGGUUGCCUUGCAGGAAAGACAUCUUCAAACUUCAGGGUAAGUCAAGUCGAGGUUAACACACGGAUAUAGAUAGAUUUGAAAUAGGCGUGCAUCAAAGUGUGUGCAACCAACUUCCGAUCAUUUGAUUUCCCAAGAAAAAUCAUGAAAUUGCGACUUUGAGGAUUUUUUUCACUCUUUUUGAUUCAACCAAUGGGGAUGAAAUUGAAUCCACUAAACAAAUCACAUUAUUAAUGCAUAGUUUUUUUUUGGGAAAAACUACGUCCAAAUUCAUUUUUUUACAAAUUUUUCGAAUUAUUCAUUUUAGCCAUUUUU